UUUUAAAAUGGCAACCUUGUCCAUAGAUAUUUUGUUCUUUAUCUUCUGGUCAUUCUGAUUCUAUAAGAUCAACAAGAAAUGUCCGAUUGCGGUCUACCUUGUUAAAGAUGUUGUGUGCUUUUUCCCACCGAUGGAAGAGGACAAAGAGAUCAUCACAACUGCUAUCAAGAACAAAGAUAAGAAAGGCAAGAAGGAGAAGGAGGAGGAAAAGCAAUUUCCAUUGAGAACAUAUAACCCAGACUUUGAUCUGACAAAGCAUAUCAAGGAGUUUCUUCUGGAGUACGACUUCGUUAUUUUGAUGACAUUGAUUUCGUCCUGAACUUUUGUGAGCUCACAACUGUUUAAAAUGUUUGCCAAAGAGGAGGUUCAGUCGACUUUCUUGUAUUACUCGAUCAUUAUUUUAUUGUGAAUGAUAGUUUACUACCUGAUUCGACAGAAUAUGUAUCCCUUCGAAUUCUCUGAUGAGAAUAAGAUCUUGCUUGUGUUCGCUUUCAAAACAUUUGUAUUAAGUUAUAUGAUCACUGGAUAUUUUUCAGAGUACUUUGAUUUCAGACUUGAGAAAGGAAUCAAAGAUUUACAGAAGAGAACUGAUCAAAUUCUUAAAGUUACAGGUAAUAGGUAUAUUUAUAGUUAUGAUUCCUUCUAUAUUGGCCUUUCUGUGCUGUCCUCUCUGAUUAGCUUGACUAUGGUCCAUCUUGCCAUCAAAUUUUCAUACAAUUUCUUCUACCUAAACAGGACAAGCCAGAAUGAUCAAGAAAAUGAGGAUCCUGAGAUUGCUAAAAAGGUAUCUGUGUACAAAGCGAUGAUGGGAGUUAACUUUUUUACACCUAUUUUUGCGAUCUUCCUGUUUAUCCCAGCUCUAUCUAAAAGCUUUGUCGUCCCUGAAAUUAUGACAGAAAGAUCAUUUGAUUUGGUCAGAAUGAUAAUUCUUCUUGUAAUAAUUAUCCUCAAGUGAACAAUGUUUUACUAUGAACUGCAGUUUAAUUUCAAUGAGAGUUAUUUCUAUGUUCAAAGUCUGUUGAAAAAUAAAAGUGAGAAGUUGUUCAGAUACAUCACUUUGAAGAUGAAGCUUAAGUUCAUUAACACAUGGAUAACCUGUUUCCAGUACGCAGCUAUGGUUAUUGUACCCUUAUUGCUUGUUAUAUUGUAUAUGUACAAAUAUUUUGAAAACAUGAGGGCUCCAGAGAAGAUCACCUAUGAUUUCUCUGAGUAUAUCAACACUUUGCCUAAAUCUGAAUUUGUAGAAAAUGAGCUUCCAUCUGAAGGUAGCUUAACUGAUGGAGGAUUCAUUUCAGCAUUGUUUAAGAAUGUUUUGAGAUUCGGAUUCAUACCUCCCAGUCUGGAAAGCUCAAUUUACAGUUACUUUAUCUUCAGUUUCUAUUUGUCAUGGAGUAUUGUUUCUACAAUUGGUCUACUUUAUUACAGGAAGUUUAAAACAGUAUAAGAAAGUGAUUCAAUUCCAAA